ACGCCCCAGUGCGCUGUGGGAUAGUGGCACUAUAAAGUAUAUCCUCUCUCGGAGAAAGAUAAGAAGCCCGAGACAGGAGGGGGAUGAAGAUGGCGGACGCCAAGCAGAAGAGGAAUGAACAGUUAAAGCGCUGGCUGGGCUCGGAAACGGACCUGGAGCCUCCUAUUCUGAAAAAGAAGAAGACGAAGGUGAAGUUCGAUGAUGGCGCCGUGUUUCUGGCCGCCUGCUCAAGCGGCGAUACCGAGGAGGUGCUCCGAAUGCUUGACCGGGGCGCUGACAUCAACUACGCCAAUGUUGACGGUCUCACCGCCCUCCACCAGGCAUGCAUAGAUGACAAUGUUGACAUGGUGACUUUCCUGGUGGAGCAUGGAGCCAGCAUCAACCAGCCUGACAACGAGGGCUGGAUCCCCCUCCACGCUGCAGCCUCCUGCGGAUACCUAGACAUAGCAGAGUAUCUCAUCAGCCAGGGUGCCAAUGUAGGCGUUGUAAACAGCGAAGGUGAGACACCUCUGGACAUUGCUGAAGAGGAGGCAAUGGAGGAGCUCCUGCAGAAUGAGAUCAACAGACAAGGGGUGGAUAUCGAGGCAGCCCGGAAAGAGGAGGAGCGGGUGAUGCUGAGGGACGCCCGGCAGUGGCUCAACAGCGGCCAGAUCCAAGAUGUCCGGCACGCCAAGUCCGGAGGAACGUCACUUCAUGUAGCUGCUGCGAAGGGAUACGCAGAGGUUUUAAAGCUUUUAAUCCAAGCAGGGUAUGAUGUAAAUAUUAAGGACUAUGAUGGCUGGACUCCUCUACAUGCAGCAGCACACUGGGGCAAAGAGGAGGCAUGUAGGAUACUGGUGGAGAAUCUAUGUGACAUGGACCUCAUUAAUAAAAUGGGCCAGACAGCUUUGGAUGUAGCUGACGAAGAUGUUCUGGGAUACUUAGAAGAACUACAAAAGAAACAAAAGCUGCUGAUGAGUGUGGAGAAAGACGUUAAGAAAUCUCCUUUGAUUGAAACAACAACCACCGGGGAUAACAACCAGUCACUGAAACCACUCAAGAGCAAAGAAACACUGCUUCUGGAGCCAGAAAAGAGCGCCCCACGCAUAGACACCUUAGAACCGGAGAAGGUGGAUGAAGAAGAGGAUGGGAAGAAGGACGAAUCAAGCUGCUCCAGUGAGGAAGAGGAUGAUGAAGAUUCGGAGUCGGAGACUGAAGCAGACAAGAGCAAGCCUUCAGCAUCAGUGAGCAACAACACAACGCCCACCCCGACCACCGUCACCGUGUCAUCUCCAACUAGCCCAACCAACCAGGUGACGACCCCCACUUCACCGGUAAAGAAGGUCCCUCAGCCUGCUGGAAAGGCUUCAACUAAAGUGGAGGAUGAUAGGAAGGACGAAUCGCCAGCAUCGUGGCGGCUGGGUUUGAGGAAGACGGGCAGCUAUGGGGCUCUGGCAGAGAUCACAGCUACCAAGGAGGCUCAGAAGGAGAAAGACACGACUGGGGUGAUGCGCUCAGCCUCGAGCCCUCGCCUGUCGUCCUCCCUGGACAAUAAAGACAAAGAGAAGGAAAAAGAUAAAGGGACCCGGCUUGCCUAUGUGGCCCCUACCAUCCCCAGGAGACUGGCCAGUACUUCAGACAUUGAUGAGAAGGAAAACAGGGACUCUACUUCUCUGAUACGUAGUGGCUCAUACACUCGGCGACGCUGGGAUGACGACCUGAAGAACAGCGAAGGAAGCGCCUCCACCAACCGAACUCCCAGCUAUCAGCGCAGCACGUCCCAUACGCUAGCACUAGGGCGGAGCGGCAGCAUGCGGGACGUGCCAGCCAAGUCUUCGUCCACCUCCAGCUUGGACCCUAACAACAGUAAUACUAAACCCUGGCAGCCACCCUCCUCCCACUACCAGUCUUACAGCAUUUACCGCAGUGGCUCUUUCGGCAGAAGACAAGAGGACUUGAGUUCCUCAACCACCUCCCCCACGACCACCACCACCUCCUCAUCUGUUACCUCGCCUACAGGCCAUCGGGGCCUGCUCUCCAGCCUGGGCUCCUCCUCCACCCGCACUGGCUCCACCAGUCUCACCAGCAGGUACUGGUCAGAGGAGAGUGCAGAGAGGGAGAAGGAGAAGGAGUCUGCUGCGGUCAUCCCCACUAUAAACACUGGCUCUACUACGACCACCGCAUCUACCACUACCACUACCGCCAUAUCUACCACUGGCACUGGCACCGGCACCGGCUCUGAAAGACGCAGGUCAUACCUGACGCCAGUGCGAGACGAGGAGUCAGAGUCCCAGAGGAAAGCUCGCUCCAGACAGGCUCGACAGUCAAGGAGGUCCACCCAGGGUGUGACUCUAACUGACCUGCAAGAGGCUGAGAAAACGAUCGGAAGGAGUCGUACCCCAAAGACCUGGGAGGAAGAGAAGGAGGAGAAAGAGAAGCAGGACAAGGAGAAGCAACAGGAGGAAAAGAAGGAGAUGGAGACUAAGGAAGACGAUUACCGGUCGAAGUAUCGCAGCUUCGAAGAGCGCUACCGGCCUUCAUCUUCCUCCUCCGCCAUUUCUACAGUCAGCACAGCCUCCACCCCGUCCUACUCUAGCACCACAUUUUCCUCCAGUUCCAGCUCCCUCAACAGGCCCAACAGUCUGACGGGGAUCACCUCCUCCUAUAGCCGUUCCUCCAGGGAUACGGAAAAAGAAAUGGACAAAAAGGAGGAGGAGAAGGAGGGAGAGGACAAGUCUCAGCCCCGCUCCAUACGGGAUCGCAGGCGGCCCCGCGAGAAGAGACGCUCCACUGGGGUCUCCUUCUGGACCCAAGAUGGUGAUGAAAAUGACCCUGACCAGCUGUCCGACUCGGAGGAGGGCAGCACCAAAGGAGAGCCACAGAGCGACAGAUUGUCCAGGAAUGAGAGCACUUCAUCCUUAGAUCGCAAUGACACUCUUUUUAGCCGUGGCUAUGGUGAGAGUCGGAGGACAUACUCAAGCCGACUGGAUAGAGACGACACCACUGACUAUAAGAAGCUCUACGAGCAGAUCUUAGCUGAGAACGAGAAGUUGAAGGCCCAGUUACGUGACACAGACCUGGAGCUGGCAGACUUGAAGCUACAACUAGAGAAGGCCACGCAGAGGCAGGAACGCUAUGCCGACCGAUCACAGCUUGAGAUGGAGAAAAGGGUAACAAGCAGACCCCAAUAUCAUCUGGGUGGUGGAAAGAAGAGCUCUAGAAAGGAAGAUUUCUGAGAUGGAGGAGGAACUUAAGAUGCUCCCAGACUUGAAAGCAGACAACCAGAGACUAAAGGACGAGAACGGAGCACUCAUUCGAGUCAUUAGCAAGCUUUCCAAGUAGAACAGACCCUCCCCGCCCCGUCUUCUGCACCCCCUAGUCCCCCAUGGCAGUGACUAAUGGAAUUGCACAUUUAGAUAUUAAUUGCAACAGACAUCAGAGACAAGACUCCUUCUUUCUUUUUUUUUCCUCCCCAACUCUGUCUCCCUUUUGCUCCUCCACCACUGCAGCAUCUAUCCAUCCAUCCAUCCAUCUGCCCCCUUGUGCCACCUCCUCGACUAUAAUCCACCCGAUUGUGUGGCUGCUGUCCUGAUAGAACCGCUGAGUUUACAGAGCAAAAGGAAAAAGGGUUGUGUGAUCAGCAUGUAAAAGCAUUGUGGGCGGGGAAGCCUGAAAACUAUUUAACCAAUAAGCCUUAGUUGUACAUAAAGAGAAAAA